ACGGAGAGUACCUGAUUCUGUGAACUAUCUCUCUCUAUAUACAGCAACUACUCUCUCUCCUCAAGAUCCUUCUUUUAUAGAUUAACUCUCUUCUUCCUACGCUGAAAUCUAUUUUAAACAUCGAUCGUUUCAAGAUAAAUUAAAAGAGAAGAUUACCGAAGAUGGUGAUGAUAAGAAUUCGAAGCAGGGAUGGAUUGGAGCGUGUCACAACCGAAGAUCCAAAUAUCACCAUCUCUAAUCUCAAAUCCAUUAUCGAAUCCCAACUCAGAGUUCCUGUCACUAAUCAAACACUUUCCACAAACCAAAGUCUCCUGCUUGCUAAAACCCUAGACGAUUUAUCCAGAUUCACCGAUAUGUCCGAUCCCAAUGCUUCCAUAUCCAGACUCGGAAUUGGACACGGAUCGAUUAUUUACCUAGCUUAUGAGGGACAACGAUCCGUAGCCGGGCCUAAUUUCAAUCCCUCUGGCUCAUUCGGCCGUAAGAUGACAGUUGAAGACCUAAUCGCGAAACAGAUGCGUGUGUCGCGGCAGGAGAAUCCUCACUGUGAGUUAGUCUCCUUUGAUCGCGACGCGGCGAACGCGUUCCAGCAAUACGUUAGUGAUGCACUUGCAUUUGGUGUUAAGCGCGGUGGUGUAAUGUAUGGAACUGUAUCGGAAGAAGGGAAGGUGGAGGUGGAUUUCAUCUAUGAACCGCCUCAGCAAGGAACUGAAGAGAAUUUGAUUCUUUUGAGGGAUCCUGAUGAGGAGAAGCUGGUUGAAGCGAUUGCUAUGGGGUUGGGAAUGAGAUCAGUUGGGUUUAUAUUUACACAGACUGUAAGUCAAGAUAAGAAGGAUUAUACAAUGUCGAAUUCUGAGAUUUUACAGGCAGCAGAAUUGCAUGCUCAGAGUGAAUUGAAAGAAUGGGUGACUGCAAUAGUUAAGUUGGAGGUGAAUGAAGAUGGGGCUGCAGAUGUUCAUUUUGAGGCGUUUCAGAUUAGUGAUGUUUGUGUUAAAUUGUUCAAAGAAGAGUGGUUUGAAACAGAGAUUCCUGAAGAUGCUGAUCCUAAGCUUUCUAGGAUGAAGAAGGAUGUAGUUGUUGGAGUGAAGGAUACUAAGGAAGUUGACAAUGAUUUUUUCUUAGUGGUAGUGAAGAUCUCUGAUCAUCAGGGUCCACUUUCAUCAAGUUUUCCAAUUGAGAACAGGAACAUACCAGUUACAAUGAGGGCACUGAAGAACCACUUGGAUCGAAACCGAGGCCAAUCCUUUGCAAGAAGAAUUUCGGAUUUCCAUCUACUGCUAUUACUAGCCAGGUUCUUGGAUCUGAAUGCCGACGUUCCUGCUUUGGCGGAAUGUGUACAAUCACAGUCCUCGGUUCCUGAAGGUUAUCAGAUCCUGAUUGAAUCAUUGGCCAGUUCUUCUUGAAGAUCCUGGAUUCAGUCUUAGUCAUAAUUCCAAACAUGCUUUCUUAGCAGGCCAAGUCAUUCAUAGGCUUUGGCACUUUGGUUGUAUACAUUAUAUUUAAUUAACUUUUAACUGUAUUUAUUUUGCUACAAUUUCCCUUAUUUUCUUCAA